AUGGCGGCUGUUUCUGCCGAAGCAAUCAUGGCCGUCCUCUCCGUUCUCACGUGUACCUUUCUUUUCAUCACCACCGUCCAAUCAGACGCCUCUGAUCACCGGUACAAAGCUGGAGACCCCGUCCCUCUCUACGCUAACAAGGUGGGUCCCUUCCAUAACCCCAGUGAGACCUAUAGAUAUUUUGACCUUCCCUUCUGUACUCCAGAUCAUGUGAAAGAGAAGAAGGAAGAUCUAGGGGAGGUGCUAAAUGGAGAUAGGCUAGUAAGUGGUCCAUAUGCCCUUGAUUUCUUGAUCAACAAACAAUCUGAAGUUCUGUGCAGAAGGAGGAUGACAAAGAAGGAAGUUGCAAUCUUCAGAAGAGCAGUGGAUAAAGACUAUUACUUUCAGAUGUACUAUGAUGACCUCCCAAUCUGGGGACUUCUAGGCAGAGUUGAGAGGGAAGGCCUAGAUGAUCCCAAGGAUUACAAGUACUAUCUCUACAAACACACUCAUUUCGACAUUCAUUACAACAAAGAUCGCGUUAUCGAGAUCAAUGCCAGGACUGAUCCUCACGCGGUUAUAGACUUGACAGAGGCGAAAGAACUUGAUGCAGAGUUCACUUACACCGUGAAAUGGAAGGAAACAGAUAUCCCUUUCGAGAACAGAAUGGAUAAGUUCUUCCAGACUUCUUCUCUGCCCCAUCAUCUCGAGAUUCAUUGGUUCUCGAUCAUAAACUCGUGUGUCACUGUUCUUCUGUUAACCGCUUUCCUUGCCACCAUUCUGUUGCGAGUCCUCAAGAAUGACUUCAUCAAGUAUGCUCGUGAUGAAGAGGCGGUUGAUGAUCAGGAGGAGACCGGGUGGAAGUACAUACAUGGCGAUGUGUUUCGAUUUCCCAAACAUAAGUCUUUGUUUUCAGCUGCUCUUGGCUGUGGCACCCAGCUUUUUACACUGGCAAUUUUCAUUUUUAUGCUAGCUCUAGUGGGCGUUUUCUAUCCGUAUAACCGGGGAUCACUAUUUACUGCGCUGCUGGUUAUAUAUGCACUCACUUCUGGCAUUGCUGGGUACACUGCAACCUCGUUUUAUUUCAUGCUCGAGGGAACAAAUUGGGUGAGAAACCUGCUGUUAACCGGGGGCCUAUUCUGUGGCCCUCUGGUCAUCACAUUCUGCUUCCUCAAUUCUGUUGCCAUUGCGUAUAGCUCGACUGCAGCAUUGCCAUUCGGGACGAUUAUGGUUAUAGUACUAAUCUGGACGUUAGUGACAUCGCCAUUGCUGGUUUUAGGAGGAAUUGCGGGGAAGAAUAGCAGAACGGAGUUCCAUGCUCCAUGCCGAACUACAAAGUAUCCCAGAGAAAUUCCCGAGCUGCCUUGGUAUCGAUCGACAGUGCCUCAGAUGGGAAUGGCGGGGUUUCUGCCAUUCUCUGCUAUAUAUAUCGAGCUUUAUUACAUAUUCGCAAGCGUUUGGGGUCAUAAAAUCUACACGAUUUAUAGCAUUCUUUUCAUCGUUUUCAUCAUCCUUCUGAUUGUCACGGCGUUCAUCACCAUCGCCCUCACCUACUUCCAGUUAGCUGCAGAAGAUCAUGAAUGGUGGUGGAGGUCGUUUCUAUGUGGUGGCUCAACCGGCAUCUUCAUCUACGCCUACUGCUUGUACUACUACUACGCGAGAUCAGACAUGUUUGGUUUCAUGCAGACCUCGUUUUUCUUCGGGUACAUGGCUUGCGUCUGCUAUGGCUUCUUCCUGAUGCUCGGGUCUGUAGGUUUUCGCGCUGCGCUGGUCUUCGUUCGGCAUAUUUAUCGGUCUAUAAAGUGCGAGUAGACAGAGAUGGAUGGAGGGCUUUGCAGUUUCUGUGGUGUUUGUUAAGGUUUGGUCAUACAAAAUUUGAUCUGCAGAGUGAAGUAUAAGUUUUGGUUCAUUUAGAAGCACAAACUGUGAACUGUUUCUGUUGCUGAUGUUACAGCCUUGGAGAGUUGAGUGAAUCUGUGUAUCAAAACUUGUUUACUUGUUUGUUCCAAUGUUGUUUAUAAAAUUAAUUUA